UUCGGCCGAUAAUUUUUGGUCGGCGAUGACAAGGGAACGGGCGGGGGCGGCGGAGGCUGUUCGGUGGGCAUAUCGAUCGACCCACGACCGCCAUUCUGGAGACACCGAGUGUAUGCAUCCCGGGCCUCGAAGUCUCGGGGGGUAGCAAGAUAUUUAAAUGUUAGAUUUGGAAGAUGGCCUCAGAAUUCGUCGACGGUUGGACCGUCAUCCGAGUUCUUGGAGAGGGUGCCUAUGGAGAGGUGAAAUUAAUCACAAACAAUAAUGGCGAGGCGGUCGCAGUCAAAAUUGUGGACUUAGAGAAACACCCUGAUGCUAAGAGCAAUGUGAGGAAAGAGGUGGCCAUCCACAGGAUGACAAAGCACCCCAAUAUUAUUCAAUUCUAUGGACACAGGAAGGAAAAGAUGUGUGACUACAUCUUCCUUGAAUUUGCCCCAGGAGGGGAACUGUUUGACAGAAUCGACCCUGACCGUGGGAUGCCUGCAAGAAUAGCGCAAAAAUUUUUCACGGAAUUGAUUUCUGGAGUUGAGUACCUGCACAGCGUUGGCGUAGCCCACCGUGAUCUCAAACCUGAAAAUUUGUUAUUGGAUGGAAAUGACCGUUUAAAAAUUUGUGACUUCGGUCUGGCCACUAUUUACCGGCUGAAUGGUAAAGAGAGGUGUUUGGACAAGAAGUGUGGCACGCAAUCCUAUGUUGCGCCAGAAGUCCUUUUGAAGCCAUACAACGCACAGCCGGCUGACGUUUGGUCUUGCGGGAUUGUUCUCGUAGCCAUGCUCACUGGAGAGCUGCCUUGGGAUAUGCCUAACAUUGAGUGCCCAGAGUAUGUGGCCUGGAAGAAUGGGAAUAAUUCUCUCAGUCCUUGGACGAAGAUUGACAAUAUGGCGCUGAGCCUGUUAAGGAAAAUUUUGGCACCUUUGCCAUCAACCAGAAUCACAAUCGAGAAGAUCAAGGAGCACAGGUGGAUGCAGAAAACUCUUCCUGAGGUUGAUCCCUCAGCGCAAUCUCGCCUUCCCAAGCGGUUGUGCCUGGACUCUGAUGAUGACUUGAGGCUGUGUCUCUCGCAACCAGCUCCGGUAGGAACAAGCGCCACACAGACGGGCAAUCUACCCCCAGAAACAGGUGGAUACUGCUUUUCUCAACCGCCCGUCUUGGAUGACCUGCUGUUAAGCACUCAGCUACACAGCACUCAGUCAACUUGUAGUCAGACUUCCUAUCAAAAAUUGGUGAAGAGGAUGACAAGGUUUUUUGUGAAGACAAGCUUUGACGAAACAUUGACUGCCUUGAAAGAAUUGUUGGAGAACAAAGGAUACAGCUUUAAAGUGAACCUGAUGAGCGAGGUGACUGUUACUACUGUUGACAAAAGGAAGAUGCAUUUAGUUUUCAAAGCUUGUCCUUUUGAAAUGGAUGGAAAAAUCCUUCUUGACUUCAGAUUGUCCAGAGGCUGUGGGCUGGAAUUUAAACGAAUUUUUGUUCAGAUUAAAAAUAGUUUAUCCAGUAUUAUCAUGAAGGGACCUGUCACGUGGCCAAUCGCAAUAGCCACAAACUCUGUGCCAUAAACAAUUCUUCCACUUAAUAAGAUAAGAAAAAUGCUGUAUUUUGUGAACAUGAAUUUACAAAGUUUAUUAAAAGAAAUUUAAAUAUGA